AGCUCAGCUAAAUGAUGGCUCCUAUGACAAGUACCAAAAGAUCUCACCCUGACGAUAUCUCCCCAAAGAGUAAGACAGUCCUAACGAUACCUAACUCUCCAUCGGACAGUUCUGAGAGGAGUCCUAAAAGGGUCUGCAGACUAUCUCCGACUCAUCGAGGAGGAACAUCGCAUGUUUCUAACCUGAAGAUAGCUGUGGUGUGUUCCAGUAAUCAGAACAGAAGUAUGGAAGCUCACAACUUGUUACGGAAGAGAGGAUUUAGAGUACAAUCGUUUGGAACUGGAAGUUGUGUUAAAUUGCCGGGUCCCACCGUAGACAAACCGAACAUUUACAGUUUUGAUACUCCUUAUCAGGACCAGUUCGUUGACCUCAAGAGAAAAGACUCUGCGUUCUACACGCAGAACGGACUUCUGAACAUGCUGGAUCGGAAUAGGAGAAUCAAAGAGAAACCAGAGCGUUUUCAGGAAAAUCAGGACGAGUUCGAUUUAAUUGUUACUUGUCAAGAGCGAGUGUUCGAUCAGGUCCUUGAAAAUAUGAGUGAAAGAGGUGGGAACUCCUGUAAAAUGGUCCAUGUUAUCAACGUUGAAAUUAAAGAUAAUCACGAUGAUGCCACUCUUGGAGCUUUCGUUAUUCACGAACUUGCAAAAGAGAUCUGCUCGUCGGAAGAUCCAGAAGCUGAGGUGGAGGAAAUCAUUGAUACAAUGGAGAAGAAGAAAAAACAAAGAUUCCUUUACUCUCCCUCUUUUUAUUGAGCCACCAUAAUCAUAAUUCAAGGAGGUUGAUAACCAAGUUUCGCUAAAUUGGGCGAACUUCAGGACUUGCUCUAGCGGUGAAAUUAUUGUUCGUGUUAGUGUUACUUCUUCUUUACCCUGUACAUACCCUGUACAUACACCUAACACCAGAAGUUACCUUUUGUGAUUAUAGCGAGGUUUAACGCAUUGUAAAUAAUUUCACACUUAACCACGUGAAUUAGUUCCACACUGUUAGUGUUAUAACUGAAGGAGUUGACUGAAAGAACAGCUCGUACUCUUAGUCUUAUAGAUGUUUUCGACAGAAUUUUAAAUCAUGGAUGAUGACGAUAUUCAGUCAUAAACAUGAGGGUAUUUUAUGUAUUUUUACUUGCGAUUUUA